CCCCAAGACUCAUUGCACAAACAUCUCAACACUAGCAAACAAACCUUAAAAAUCUCAUACUUUGCUCUUCUUUCUUUCUUUCUUUCUUGUUCUGAUUGCUGAGAAUGUCAGGGGUGUGGGUAUUCAGGAAUAACGGGGUGAUGAAGCUGGUGGAGAACCCGGGUGCGGAGGCUUUGGAAAGCGGAAGGCGGCGCAAGGUGCUGGUUCACACGGCAAGCAAUGAGGUGAUAACCUCCUAUGCGGUGCUGGAGCACAAGCUUUACUCACUUGGGUGGGAGCGUUACUAUGAUGACCCUGACCUGCUUCAGUUCCACAAACGCUCCACCGUGCACCUCAUCUCACUCCCAAGGGAUUUCAGCAGGUUCAAGUCCAUGCACAUGUUUGACAUCGUUGUCAAGAAUAAGAACUCCUUUGAAGUUAGGGACAUGUAGCUACCCCUGCUUCUGUGCCCUGCAGAUUGAAAUUGAACUCACUCUUCAUGAUGUCUUUGCUUCUUUGUGUGUUGAUUUGAUUUAGACUAGUGUGUGUGUCUCUGAUGGUGUCAUCAAUUAAUUUGAAGUGUGUGUUUUGUAGAUAAGUUUGGGUUUUCAUUGCUAUGUAUGUAGAGGGAGAGUGUGAUAGGUGCAUGGUUAAUGGUGUGUGAAGCUGACAAGUUUGUGUCAUUUGUGUGUGCAUGGUGCUGUAACCUUGUAAGUAUUUGUUGUCAUUCUAGUUUAAGUUGGGUUUUCCCAAACUUGGGUGUUAAAUAUAUUAUUGUGUUACUUUCAAUUUA